UACUCCGUAGAUAUUAUUUUCAUGUGGUUCAAAUCUGUUACACUUAUGGUGGUAGUAUAUCCUGAAAUUGAGGAGGAAUAAGAUUUCAAACCCAAAAUCAUGAAUAAAAUCAUAAAAAAAAUCUUUUUUUUUUAUUUUUAUUUUUUUUUAUACAAAGUACCAGUGUAUCUAAAACUUAAGACCAAAUUCGAUUCGACUCUAUCACACCAUCUACACCAAAAAAAAAAAAAAAUCAUUUACUAUGCUACUCCAUGUACUCAAAUAAAGUACUUGAUCCGUCUUUAGAAGAAAAAAAAAAAAAAAAAUAGAAAGUACUUUUAGAAAGGAAAAGAGUAGAAGUAAUUGAUCCGUAAAGAGUGGAACACUUUAGAAUAAAGAGCCCACACCGCACCCGUAAUCAGGUUCGUCAUCGUCAUCCACACUUGUGCAUCACACGUCGCAAUUUCAGAAACGAAAACUCUCAUUUUCUCUCUCCAAACCGCUUCCGUAUAAGCUACUGCUACUGCAACUUCUACCAUUAUUACUACCUCUUUCAGAGCUAGGGUUUCUUCAAAUUCUGCAACAAUGGAGGUUCUUAAUUUCUGAGCUUUAUCUCUAAAUUACUAAAAUUUCGAAGGAGAGAGAAAAUGACUGUUGAGUAUACAUGUUGCGAGACGCAUUUCUUCGUGAAUAUAGGAAUCAUCGUUUUUCUGGUGAUUUUUGCUGGAUUAAUGUCUGGUCUUACUUUAGGGCUCAUGUCAAUGAGUCUUGUUGAUCUCGAAGUUCUUGCUAAGUCUGGUACUCCUAAGGAUCGUAAACAUGCUGAGAAGAUAUUGCCUGUUGUUAAAAAUCAGCAUCUACUACUCUGUACCCUGCUUAUCUGCAAUGCUGCUUCUAUGGAGGCACUUCCAAUUUUUCUAGAUAGUUUGGUUACAGCCUGGGGUGCCAUCCUCAUUUCAGUUACUUUGAUACUUCUGUUUGGCGAGAUUAUACCACAGUCAGUUUGUUCUCGUCAUGGUUUAGCGAUUGGUGCAACAGUAGCGCCUUUUGUUCGUGUUCUUGUUUGGAUUUGCUUUCCUGUUGCCUAUCCGAUAAGCAAGCUGCUAGACUAUCUUCUAGGUCAUGGACAUGUGGCUCUUUUCCGAAGAGCUGAAUUGAAGACACUUGUCGAUUUCCAUGGAAAUGAGGCUGGAAAAGGUGGUGAAUUAACGCAUGAUGAAACUACUAUUAUUGCUGGAGCGCUUGAAAUGUCUGAGAAGACAGCUGGUGACGCAAUGACUCCUAUAUCUGAGAUAUUUGCUGUUGACAUCAAUGCCACAUUGGAUAGGGUCACAAUGAACGCAAUUCUGGAUAAUGGCCAUAGCCGAAUUCCAGUAUUUUAUGAGCAGCAAACAAAUAUUAUUGGACUUGUUCUGGUGAAAAAUCUGUUAACUAUUGAUCCAGAAGAUGAAAUACCUUUAAAGAGUGUAACAAUUCGCAAAAUUCCAAGGGUACUUGAAACAUUGCCUCUAUAUGACAUACUGAAUGAGUUUCAGAAAGGCCACAGCCACAUGGCAGUAGUCAUUCGGCAUGUGAACAAACCAGAGGUGCCGCUAGUCAAUGGUAAUUCUGUGGGAGAUUCAGUGAAAGAGGUAAAGGUGGUCAUUGACGAUGAUGAUGAGCAACAGGGUAUUCUAGAGAAGGCAAAGAGUCUGAAACAGAAAAGAAACUUCUACAAGUGGAAGAGCUUCCCAAACAGUAACAAAUCGAACAAGGGAGUGAGGGCCAAGAAAUGGAAUAGGGAUAUAUAUUCAGACAUCUUAGAGGUUGAGCAGCCUUUGCCAAAGCCUGAUGAAGAAGAAGCGAUCGGGAUUAUCACUUUGGAAGAUGUCAUUGAAGAGCUAUUACAGGAGGAAAUUUAUGACGAGACAGACCAUCCUAUUGAUGAUUCAUGACACUUGGCUAUACAAGUGAAUAUCUUAAUUAUAGAUGAUAUAACCAUUAUCAGUCCAAAAGAGGAGGAUUAAGUUUCCGACAAAACAAUUUGUCAAUCCGAAGCUAGGUUAGGUCUUAGGUGGUCUGAGGCUCAGAGGCUGGAAUGUAUGAUACAUGCCAUCAUCAAUAUAGGUACUUUGUUUUGUGAAUGUGUUGUAAAUGUAAGCUAACAGUUGCUGAUGGUCUCCCUUUGUUUGAGGUGAAUCCAUUAAAUUACGAUAAUCUAUUAGAGCGUGUAAGCUGUUUUUAGGACAAAUAAUUGUUAAUGCUUGACUAAUUUCUCGACUUCCCUUUUUGUGCAAUCUCAACAAUUCAACA